AUGGCUCUUGUCUCAGGCCCAGGUAGAGCUGGCGGCAUCUCAAACCAGGAGCUACACACCUCGAAGCACGUGGCUUACAUCAAAAACCUGGACACUCGGAAAGAUGAACUGGAAUACUGGCUGACAGAGCACUUACGCCUCAAUGGUGUCUACUGGGGACUGACUGCUCUCCAUCUGCUGGGCCAUCCUGAUGCCUUACCCCGCCAUGAAACCAUUGACUUUGUGCUAUCCUGCCAGAAAGAUAAUGGAGGAUUUGGUGCUGCCCCUGGCCACGAUGCUCACAUGCUAUACACUGUCUCCGCGGUCCAAAUCUUGGUCACCGUUGAUGCAGUGGAUGAGCUAGAGAAGCGUGGUCUUGGGGGCAAGCAGAAAGUUGGUGCCUUCAUUGCCAGUCUGCAGAACAAAGAAGACGGCUCAUUCAUGGGAGACCAGUGGGGCGAGACCGAUACCCGUUUCCUCUACGGAGCACUCAAUGCCUUGUCGCUCUUAGGUCUGCUGGAUCUGGUCGAUAUUCCCAAGGCGGUUUCUUAUGUAAAAAGUUGUGAAAACUUUGAUGGAGCCUACGGUGUUACCCCUGGUGCAGAAUCUCAUUCAGGGCAAGUCUUCACGUGUGUUGGGGCUUUGACCAUUGCCGGCCGCUUAGAUCUGGUGAACAAGGAUCGCUUGGGGGCAUGGCUGAGUGAACGGCAGAUUGAUAAGGGUGGCUUUAAUGGGCGUCCUGAGAAACUGCCAGACGCCUGUUAUGCCUGGUGGGUGGGGUCUAGCCUGGCCAUGAUUGACCGCCUCCACUGGAUUGAUGGCAAGAAGCUUGCGUCUUUCGUGUUGCAAUGCCAGGACCCGGAAGCUGGUGGCUUUGCUGAUCGCCCUGGGAAUAUGGUUGAUGUUUACCAUACUCACUUUGGCGUCGCUGGCCUGAGCCUUUUGGGACUGGAGGGACUACAAGAAGUAGACCCUGUCUACUGCAUGCCCAAAUCUGUCAUUGCACGAUGCUUUGCCAAGUGA